AUGGAAUACAAUAGUUGGAUUCCCGUGGAAGACAAAAGAAAGGCUUAUGGCAUAUCAAGAAAUCAUUCAUCAGUUUUCCCAGACUUUGAUCAAUUAUGCAAUCAAACUGGAAGUACUAAAGUUGGAUUCUCCAUAGACUGGCGGGGUUGUCCUGAAAUGGAACAAAUUCAUAAUUGGUUAAAAGAAAAAAUUCUUCAAAUACCAAAUCCUGUAUGGCAAGAUAGGGUGUCUUUAUCUUCUGUGGAAAUCUUUCUCUGGACAAUUGCUCCUUCAAAGGAGGAAUAUAUGAACCUGGAGACACUGACUCGCCGUGUGCAAGCUGUAUUGGGCGAAUCUAAUGCUCAAGCUCAUGUCACUGCUAAUUAUAGCAUGCCAAAAGGGGGACAAUCUGGCCCUUCUACUGUUCAUGACCUGCCUUGUUUUCCUGAUGAUCGUUCAUCAGUCCCCUCGGUUGCUAAUAUGGAUAUGCGUAGUAACUUACCUGUUUAUGGCGAUGGAAGCUAUCUGGAUGCUAACACCAGAUCCAUUAGCAACUAUUUUCCUCAUCAACACACAAAUAAUUGUAUGUUUACAUUAGAUUGCAAUAUCUUUUUUGUGCAAUAUUGGUUUUGUCUUUUGCAACUAUGUUAUUGA